AUAAAUUCAUGUGACCACCUUGAUUUCCUCUUAAUUUACCCGUUUCUAUAUACAUUGGCCCCGUAUCGUCUGUUUGCCCUCUCUCUAGCUGUUCGGCCUGUCACAGUUGAUGAAGGGGAAGGGUAAGGAGUGGAUCUUGUGCCCAUAGAAAAAGGGCACCCUUUUGUCGAUUAAGCCAUGGAUGCCUCUUCUUUGCUUGCUGCUUCCCCUCCUUUACCCACCACUCCCUCAAGAAAGACCUUCUCUAAACCCAUUCUCGGACUGAAACUACACUGGAAACGCGUGAGAAGGCAUGGGUGGAAACCCUUCAUUGCUACAACUAAUCCAAGAUGUGCAAUGGACAUAUCCUUUGGUGGUGGUGGCAGCAUAGAAAGAAGCCUUCCCAAAUUUCCACGUAUUCAUGUAUGGGAUCCAUAUAAGCGCCUUGGUGUAAGCCGUGAUGCUUCUCAAGAGGAAAUUCUGGGGGCCCGGAAUUUUCUCUUGCAGCAAUAUGCAGGUCAUGAGAGAAGCAUGGAAUCCAUAGAGGAUGCUUACGAGAAGAUUAUCAUGGCUAGUUUCAGGUUAAGAAAGAAAAUGAAAAUCAACCUGAGGACGCAAUUGAAGAAGAAAGUGGAAGAAUCUCCUCCUUGGUUUAAAAACUUGCUUAAUUUUGUGGAGGCUCCUCCACUUGAGGUGAUCCUCAGAAGAUUCGCCCUCUUUGCUUUCAUGGGGGGGUGGAGUAUUAUGAAUUCUGCAGAGAGUGGGCCUGCAUUCCAGGUUGCGGUCUCACUGGCAGCAUGCAUUUACUUCCUCAAUGAGAAGACCAAGAACGUUGCCCGAGCUUCCAUUCUGGGGUUCGGAGCCCUUGUGAUUGGCUGGUUAUGUGGAUCCGUCAUCGUUCCCACAAUCCCCACAGUUUUAUUGAGGCCAACUUGGACACUUGAACUCCUAACUGCACUUGUGUCGUAUGUUUUUCUCUUCCUCGCAUGUGCUUUCCUCAAGUGAAAGUGUGAGAUAAGAAUAUUGUUUUUAUAGAGCCAUUAAAUCUCAUCAUCAGAGUUUUCAGAACCAUUAAAUUUCAUUAUCAUCAGAGUUUUGUAUUUUAUUUAAAAUGUAGAGGUUUUAGUUUCUUAUAGAUGUGACUAAAUUUA